AUGGCUCUGACUGUUUACAGGGCUGAGGAUGUAUGUGUAGCAGUCAAUGACUCUAAACCAUCCGGUUUUCUGUACAUUGAAAAUGCCUCCUCAGGAGCAAUCCCCGUCUUGCAGUUUAAGCUUUCUGAAAUAAUUAGUUUUGAAUCCCAGUUUGAGUUACGCACAUUAGACUCGGAGGGAAUCCUAUUUUUCGGAGAUAAGGAAGGGGAAAGCAACUGGUUUCUUUUAGCCCUCCGGAAAUGUUAUCUGGAGAUACAGUUCCCAAAUGAUCAUUCUCAGACUGCUAUCACUGGAGGGCCAGUCAUCAGUGAUGGAGGAUGGAAGCAGAUCUCCAUUGCAAAUCUAAAUUCAACUAUAAUUGUGACGGUUAUCAAAGAGGAAGUUAUUAAAACUCAUCAGCCAGUGGAAAACGGAGACGUUAUGGGCAGUGGAGUCUUGAGGAUUGGAAUUGGGGGCUUGUUUCCAAACAGCAGUCUAAAACUGACUCUGAACCCUCCUCUGGAUGGCUGUCUCCGUAACUGGGAUUGGGUCAGACAGGAUACCCCUGUUCUAAACCGCUUCAUCGAAUCCUCUGAAAGCCAAAGGUGCUGGAAGAGUGUUGUGCCAGGAUCCUAUUUCUCUGGACAUGGAGCAGCUCAGUUCGAAUCACAUUGUAUUUGUAAUUAUUCUGAAACUGAAAACUGGAGUCUGACCAUGGAGCUGUCUUUGAGACCUGUUGCUGCCAAUGGAGUUUUGCUUGCCGUUUUGGAUUUCCGAAACAACUAUACUUAUCGUAUACCAGAGCAAAAUGAUAACUUUACAUACCUUUGUCCUGUCGCUAAACUGACCUCCUGGUAUUUUGUUAUUGACCUAGAGGCUCAGCAGCUGAUCCUAGCAAACAAACAGCUAGUGUUCAAAUCCCUGGACGAUGAAAUCAUUUCGAACGUUGCUGAUGACUUUGAAGCUCUGCAGGCUGUGUGGGACCAACCAGGCACCACAGUCUACCUUGGGGGAUUACCAGAUGGGGGUCCUGCUGCAGGGAACUCGUAUUAUCAUGGCUGCAUGCGAGUAAAGAUACAAGGCAAUCAUGUGGAUGUUGACACAGCAAAGAACAAACACAGUGGUAUUCAAUCCCAUAGCUGCCCCGCUGAUCUGCAAUAAGGAGUUGGAAAGUGAAAGCACUAUUGAUUACACAUUAAGACGUUAGA